AUGGAAAAACUGUUGAAAAAAGUUAAAGAUUGGCGGAGUGUCUCCAGAAAUGCUGAACCGGAGCUCAGCAGGAGUCAGUAUUCCCUGGUUUCCACGGGCGAGCUGACAGCAGAGGCCCUUCAGGUCUGGUUGAAGUUGCCGAGGAAGAUAAAGUAUGAUCCGGACCUGGAGCCCUUUCAGAAGAGAUACGAGAAAGAAAUCGCCCAAUCAGAUAUACCAUUAGAACAGAAUGGUGCGCGGGAGUCGAAGAGGUUGCCCCUCGUGAAAUCUGCUCCUCAUCUCAACAACAACAAGGAGGAUGGCCAAGCCUUCGAUGGUAUUGAUGAGAAGCCCAAUGAUGAGAGCCUCGGUCACAAAUCGUCAGAGAAACAAAGUAAGUUGGCCCAGACUGGUCACUACAUCAAAAUGUCCUUCCUUCUGGGCUGUUGGACGUUCUUCACGCUUGCCUUCCUGAUGUACAAUGAGAAGGAGCAUAUUACGAGGCAAUCAGCGUUAUAUCCUGGGGAGACGAAAACUUUCUCCCUGAACGUGUCCAGGAAUGACUUAGCAGUUCACUUAAAACUGAAAGGACCAUUUUUGACAGAACAAUCUGAAGAUAAAAUAAAUGGAAGUGAAUUCAAAAAGUCCAAUAAAUUUGUUGUAUGGUUGGAGCAAAUGAGUACUGGUAUGGUCUCAAAACCAUGGCCAAUCGUACUCCAAGACGGGGACUUUGAUUUUUCAAUCGGCGAAUCAAGAUCGUCCGUACUCAAAAUUUCGACGAAUAGCAGCGCAGAUAUUUCAUUACGUAUGACCUCAACGGCCAAUGAGAGCGCGCCGUUUACAAUUACUUACACAAUUGAUCCAAUCGAUGCCGCAACUGGUGUGAUUUACGCUUGUAUCCUGCUCUGUGGACUGUAUGUACUGAUUAUUUUUGAGGUCAUUAACCGAACGAUGGCAGCAGUCAUAAUAGCCACAGCUGCGCUUGGGGUGAUAUCCAUACUUGGGGAAAGACCGAGUCUGCCAGAACUGAUCUCGUGGCUGGAUGUGGAGACCCUGCUGCUACUGUUCAGCAUGAUGAUUCUGGUUGCGAUAAUGGCGGAAACUGGGAUGUUUGACUUCUUGGCUGUUUAUACAUUUGAGGUAACUAAAGGCAAGCUAUGGCCACUUAUCACGGUUCUAUGCGCUAUCACAGCUCUUCUGUCAACAUUUCUAGAUAACGUCACCACUGUGUUGCUCAUGACACCUGUCACUAUCAGACUUUGUGAGGUAAUGGAUAUGGAUCCUGUACCAAUAUUGAUGUCGAUGGUGCUCUUCAGUAACAUUGGAGGUACAGCCACUCCAGUAGGAGACCCGCCGAAUGUUAUUAUAGCUUCGAAUCGGGCAGUAGUGCUAGCAGGCAUCAACUUCACGAACUUCACGAUGCAUAUGACCCUGGGUAUUUUAUUGGUCUGCAUACAAACGUACUUUCAGCUCCGAUUCAUCUACAGGGACACGAGCAAGCUCAGACUAAAUGUCCCAAGGGAGAUACAAGAUUUACGCCACCAAAUAUCUAUAUGGCGAAGGGCGAUAGAAUCUCUUCCUCACCUGAGCAAAGACACGCACGUCGUCAGAGAAAGACUUGAAAGAAAGAUGCGGAAGCUGAACGCUCAACUGGAGGUGAUGAUAAAAGAGAGCAGUAAGAGAGUCUGUCCCAAGGAUACCUUCCAUACAACCCUGACACAACUUAAGGAUAAGUACAAAAUUCGUGACAAGCCACUCCUGCUGAAGGCAACAUUUGCUAUCACUUUCGUCGUGGUUGUCUUCUUCCUGCACUCCAUACCAGAACUAAACAGGGUGUCCCUAGGCUGGACAGCACUCCUUGGUGCCAUAUUGCUUCUCACGCUGGCAGAUCGAGAGGACCUGGAGCCGAUACUGCAUAGAGUUGAAUGGUCCACGCUUCUGUUCUUCGCUGCUCUUUUUGUGCUAAUGGAGGCGUUGUCAAAGCUGGGGCUAAUAGAAUUUAUCGGAGGUUUGACGGAAGCACUUAUUCUGAAAGUUGAUGAGGGAUCACGACUGGCCGUUGCAUUGAUUUUACUGCUAUGGGUAUCGGGUGUCUCAUCAGCGUUUGUUGAUAACAUACCACUGACAACGAUGAUGGUACGAGUUGUGACUGCUUUAGGAUCCAAUCCGACACUGAAUCUGCCCAUACAGCCUCUCAUCUGGGCGUUGUCGUUUGGCGCCUGUCUGGGGGGAAACGGGACCCUAAUCGGCGCAAGCGCGAAUGUAGUAUGCGCAGGAGUGGCCGAGCAACACGGGUACAAGAUUUCAUUCGUUCAAUUCUUCAAGAUCGGAUUUCCGGUUAUGAUCGGCCAUCUUAUUGUGGCUACAGCGUAUUUACUUUUGUGUCAUUGUGUUUUUACCUGGCAUUAA